AAGAUUACACACUAACCUGUAUCAUAUUCAAGCUCAUUCAAAACUAGUGCAAGACAAAGAGAAAAAGAAAAGAAGAAGAAGAAGAAGAUCAAAAAAGUAUUAAAAGCAAUGGAGAAAUAUUUAGGGUUUUUGGUAAUUCUUCUUCCAUUGAUGAUUCUUGCACUGAGCUUGAAUUCAGGUUACGUGAAUGCUGCCACGUUUUUGCCACCAGAGGAUAAGCCACUGGAGAGGCAUUACUAUAAGAAGCUGAAUACAUGUGCAAAUGUGGAGCCAUUUGUGAGACACCAAGUGAAUCUGUUUUGGGACAGAGAUAAAACUGUCACUGCCAAAUUGCUCAAGCUGCUCUAUGCUGAUUGCAUGCUCAAUGGUUGCGAUGCAUCAAAUCUGCUAGUGGGACCAAACACAGAGAGAAAUUCAUCAAAAAAUGCAGGGAUGGGAGGGGGAGCAUAUGAAUUGAUAGACAGAAUAAAAAAAGUGCUUGAAAUUCGAUGUCCCAGAGCCGUUUCUUGUACUGAUAUCCUCAGUCUUGCUACCAGGGAUGCUGUUCACCUUGCAGGCGGGCCAUCUUAUCCAGUGUUGUUGGGAAGAAGGGAUGGACUUGAGUCAAAUGCUGCAUGGAUAGAUUACCCUUCACCUUCCAUGUCUUGGGAGGAAGGCCUUGCUUACUUCGAAUCCAAAAACCUUGAUGUUCAAGACUUUGUCACUCUUUUAGGAGCACAUUCAAUGGGGCAAGCACAUUGCCGAUUCUUCUAUGACCGCCUUUACAAUUUCAAGGGUACUGGAAAACCAGACCCCACCAUGAAGAGAUCUACAUUAGUAACCCUAAGAUCACAGUGCCCAAAAAAUAGCAAAACCGAUUCAGCUGUCUAUUUCUCACCAGGAUAUGGUUCUAACUACACUUUCUCCAAUACAUUCUAUGGAAAAGUUCUCGCUCACGAAUCUGUUCUUAGAGUUGAUCAGCAAUUAUCAUAUGGAGCUGACACAAAUGAACUUGUCAAUGAAUUUGCACAAAGUUUAGAGCAAUUCAGAAGGGCAUUUACAUUGUCAAUCAACAGGAUGGGAGGUCUCAAAGUGUUGACUGGUAAAAAUGGCGAAAUUCGCAGAGAUUGCAAGUUUACAAAUAAGAACAAUCCCAAUCUUUAGUAGGAUCGGUUUUGUAAUGUUGCAUUAACUAAUAAUAUGGCCUAUAUAUGAAAAUAUAUAUGUAAUUUCUUAUACUGCUGAUAAGCAGAUA